AUGGCACAAUUUCAAUGCCAAGAAUGUUCUGAUGCUAAUUCUAAUAGUACUGCGGAUAUCGCCGCGAAUGCCCCGAGGUACCGGCGUAAGAGCAGCACCUUUAUCGACGGCAUUCACGAUGUUCCGGAAGAUGGUGAUAGGGCCCCGGCCCAGCUGUACAGCACUAUGUCAGGGAGGCUUUUCCACUCUGGCCGUAUCGCUAUUGUCAUGGUGGGACUUCCUGCUCGAGGCAAGACUCAUAUUGCUGUCUCAUUAGCACGAUAUCUACAAUGGUUAGGUGUCAAGACACGGAUUUUUCACCUCGGCGACUACCGUCGAGCUACCGUCGGUCAAGGUGGCCAUGUGCCCGAAGACUAUUUCUAUCCGAACGCAUCGCCGGCUUCAAUCGUCUUACGCCAGAAAAUUCUCAAGAAGUGUCGUGAAGAUAUUUACGGCUGGCUUAACCAUGAAAACGGCCAGGUAGCAAUAUAUGAUGCAGUGAAUCCUACUGCAAGUGGUCGUCGUUCACUAGCCAAAGAAUUUGCGAAGCAUGACGUUCAGACCCUGUUCUUGGAAUCUUAUGUUGACGAUGACAACCUCCUUCGAGAGAACGCACGUAACGUCAAGAUUGGAUCCCCUGAUUUCGCCAAUAUGGAUCCUGACGAGGCUGCUAAGCUAUACCUCACGCGUAUGGAGACCAAGAUACCGGCAUUUGAGACUAUGGACGAAAAAGAGCUUAACUAUAUCAAAAUGAUUAAUGCAGGCCAGAAAUUCUUCUACAACAACGUGUCCUUCAAUUAUCUUUCGCACCGCAUUGUAUUCUACCUAACCAACACUCACAUCAAGUCCCGAGCAACAUUCUUCGUUCGACCUGGUACUGCCACGGAAGAAGAAAGUUAUAAAGCUGAUCCGCCAUUAUCCGAAGAGGGUGAAAAAUAUGCUAGAAUAAUGACAGAGACGGUGAUCAAGCACCGUGAGCAAGAACGAGCCGCACGGAUUGCAGAAGGAGGGUCUGAUAUGCCGCUGCGUCCGCUGGCGGUAUGGUGUUCAACACGUAUGCGCACAAUGCAAACAGCAGAUGUCUUUCAGGAGCUCGGAUACAAAGUUCGUCAGCGAAGUCAGAUGGCCCAAAUUAACCCAGGAGUCUGUGAAAGGCUAAGUGAACGCGCUAUUCGCCGUCUCUACCCCGAGGAAGUAGAGAAGCAUGAACUCGAUCCUUAUCACCACCGUUAUCCGCGCGCCGAGUCCUACCACGACCUCGCUGUACGACUCGAACCAAUUAUUCUAGAGCUUGAACGUGAGCAGAACGACUUACUAAUCAUCGCUCACGAGAGCGUACUACGAGUCCUCUAUGCGUAUCUUAUGCACUGCAGCACUAUGGACAUUCCUAAUCUCAAAUUCCCACGGAACGAAAUUAUCGAGGUCAUCCCAGGCGCGUACCAGAAUGAUGCUAAACGUAUUCAUAUCCCAGGUCUCGACCCUAAGACUGUCCCUGGCUCCCCCGAGGAUAUACGGAUUCCCGUGCCGGACAGUGAUAUUAAUGCUCCAGCACCGCUUCCAGGUGGAGGCCUCUCCGCGCCUGCGAUACCGCCUAUUACUAUCGAAAAGCCGCCCGAGAAAGUAGUCAAUACGGCGGCCGAAGCGGUGAUGGACAAGAUCACAGAUGAAGAUUAA